AUAAACAAAGUUUAACCCGGUUCGUACGAUUACUUCAUCAUGACGAAAUUUGUAUUUUGUCAUAUUAAUUACUAGAAGAAAAUCAAAAAAAUCGUAUGGAAUAUCAUGAUAGUUUGAUUUGUAGUAUAGUUAAAUUUACAUAUUUUCAUGAAGUUUUUUAUCAAGAAAUGUCAAGUUCUAUUAAUAAAAAUAAUUUAAGUGUUUUGGUUUUUAAAUUUAAUAUUAACAUAUCAGGUUUGAAAUAACUUGAUAUUUAUAUUAUAUUGUUAUAAAGUAUAUAAAAUUUGAUUACUAUGAGUCGUGGUGGUAAGUCAAAAAAUGCAUAUCUUCCUGGAGAUUUGGUGGCUUUGGGAUCAAAAAGUACUAGUCGUGUUGAACCAAAUCCACAAGAAAAAAGAGGCAGUAAUUUACUUUUACAUAGAAAAUUAAUGGAAUCGAGUAUAACUGAUAGAAAACGUGCUGGACCACCUUUAACAACUAAUAUUCCAACUAAAAAACCAAAAUCACAUACUGGAUCAAAUAAUUCAUCAUUUGCUUGGGAGCAAAUGUGUAUUGAUGUUGAUUCUAUUGAUUUUUUUGACUCAAUAAGUUAUGCAUCUCAAAAUCAAGAAAAUCUUAAAGCUAUGGGACUUCUUUUUGGUGUGUUAAAAACCAUGCAUACACAAAAAUUAAAACCAGAUCUUUUUUGGGGCUUAUUGAUUACUGCUCGUACAUAUCCAACAUUAUUUCAAAAUGAAGAAGUUAUUAAUGCCUUGUGCUCUAUUAUAGCAUGCCAUUCUACUGUUUCUACAAAACAACGCCAGUAUAAUAUUAUUUCAGCCGUAACAUCAAUUAAUUUGAUAAUGGCUACACAUGAUAAAGUAACUAAUUGGCCUGAAGCAUUUGUGAAAGUAUUUAUUGAAGAUUCAAUGGGAGAAAGAUUAUGGGUGGAUAAUGAAGAUUGUAAAUUUUUUAUUGAUAACAUCAAAGUAAGUAUUGAUACACGCCUAUCUCCUUAUAUUCCAUUGGACUUUUUGGAUACUAUGAAUGCUGGAGAGUCUACACCAUCACUACCAGAAUUUAAUGAAGUAACUGUAAUGCCAAGAUAUAGUACAAAUCAAACAUCUAUUGAACACUUGUUUAUUGAUGUAGCUAAAGAAUAUUUGGUUCGAAGACAAUCUACUGAAGGAAUAUCAAGGAACUUAUUGAAACUUUUAUCUGUAGCUGCUGGAGUUCUAGAGGUUCGCUCUAUGGUAGCUGGAAAGUUAGAAGUUUGGUUACAAAAUGCCAAAUUAGUAAGACCAGCUCAAGAACUUUUACUUGCUGUCUGUGUGAAUUGUACUUCUCGUACUCAGAGAGAUUUUGACAUUAUAUCCACUAUUGUUAAAAUGAGAUUGAAAAAUAAGUCAAUUGGCAAUUUUUAUGUAUCUUGUAUCAAAGAAUUAAUUACUGCUAGCCCUGCUAAUUUACCUGUAAUAAUAAAAAAUGUUGUUUAUAAUGAAAUGUCUACUUCACGCAAUACGAGUAAUAUGUCAAUUCUUCAAGUUCUAUUUAAAGCAGAACCUGAUCAAAGUGCAUUACUUCUUGCUGAUAUUUUCCAGGAGUUACUUGUUCUAAGAGAUGAUUAUUUAAGAUCAUUACGAGUAUUUUUAAGAGAAAUUUUUCGCCAAGUACGAACUGAUUUUUAUUUUUUAACCUUUUGUCAAGGGCUUAUGAGUAGCAAAGAGUUAAAUAGUACUUCUGAUGUUAAAGAAAGAGUAUUCACAGGCAUAGUUGAUUUAUUAACACUUUGUAUAUUUCUAACUGUGUAUCCAUAUAUGCGUUCAGAGCGAAAAGACUUAGCACAAUUUGAGAAAAUGCAGCAUGCAAUAUCAAAAAUUCAAAAAGAUGGUGUAAUUUGGCUCCAUGAUAAUGUUAUUAAAAUAUAUCGACCAUCGCCUACUGAUUUUGUUCAUGCAUUGCAUAAAAUAUUGUUGAUGGAGUCUCCUGAUCAAUAUUAUAAAUUAGAAAGUUGGCCUCCAGAGCAAGAUAGAAGUACUAUUUUUAGGAUUGCUACUGAAGUUCCUUUAUUGCAAGGUAUAGUUAUAACAAUACUUAAAAUGGGGCUAUCAAAAGAGCAUCACUUAAAUUCACCAGAUGCAUUAGAAUUAGUUGAUCAGUUAGUAAAACGUGCAGCUUCUCUACAAGUUUAUCACACUAUUAACCCCAUUCAAGCUGACAAUUAUGAAUUGUUUGAUAUUUUGUUAAGUACUUGUGCUUAUCAUCAUCCUGAAAAAAUUGAAUUACCAGCUGGUUACACACCACCUCAACUAGCAAUAUCAAAUUUGUAUUGGAAAACUUGGUUAAUUAUGUUGAUUUACUGUUCACAUAUUCCUUCAGUGUUUGGAAAUCUGGCUUGUCGGACAUAUCCUAUGUUGCGAAUAUUCAUUGAAAUGUGCAUUACAAAUAAUUUUUCAUUUCCCAACUUUCUUGAAGAUUUACAAAUGCAGUCAGUUGAAAAACAGAAAAUUUUAGAAUUUGAAUCCUAUCUUGCUGCUGCUUCUACCAAAGUCACUAUUACUGAACAAAAUAGCUUAUUAUUAAGCCAACUUAUGGGCAUGGAUCCUUUAGGCCCACCUAGACGUCCUCCUCAAUCAAUUUUAGAUCAAUUAAGAGUUAUGAACACAAAUUUACGAAUAGGUCACUUACUGUGCAGAUCAAGAGAUCCUGAUUUUCUUUUAGAUAUAAUUCAAAGACAAGGAACUUCACAAUCAAUGCCUUGGUUAGCUGAUUUAGUAAAUUCAUCAGAAGGAUCUUUAAAUCACUUACCAGUUCAAUGUUUAUGUGAAUUUUUAUUAAGCCCCAGUUGUCGCCAACAAGGUAAAUUCUAUCAACUAUUGAAUCAUUUGAAAAAGUUGCUAAUGUAUCCAGAUACUGAUCCUUCUAUUAGUUGUGAAGUCUUAGAAUAUUUUUUGAGGCGUUUAAGCUCUUCUACAAGCCGUCAAAAUGCUAUAUUGGGCUUAAAAUUACUCCUGAAUUCUGCUGAUGAAAAAAAUAUUGAUAUUGAUAAAGUGAUUGAAGCUAAAACUGAUGUAUCAUGGUUGUUGACUAGUUUACCUCAAUUACCAAAUUUUCCUGCAUUUAGAUCUCAGAUUGUAAUGGCAUUACGUCAAGCAUGUCAAGUAGAAAAUGACCCUCAUUUAAUAACUGCAUACUUAACAUUCUUGGCAGAACGAACUUCCGAAACAAAUAAAGGACUCACAAAUGAACAAUUAGCUGAUAUGGUGCUUGAUAUGGCACAGUUAAUUGUUGAAAGAAGUACAGUUAUGGCUGCUGUGUUACCAGUAUCAACUGAUACAGUGACUGUCUUUAAUGUUGCUCUAAAUUCUCUUGUCAAUAUAUUUUAUUCAUUUUUAUGUAGAGCACGUCAACCAUGCCGUCAAAAUCAUCCUUGGUCUGAGAAUCAAGAUCAAAUUCUUGUUACAUGGCCUGGUGGACAAGAGUGUACUCUUCAUAUUUUAGUUGUUCAUGCUAUGAUAAUUUUACUAACUUAUGGUCCUCAAUGUAUUCAAGACCCAAUGAAAUUUGACCAUUUAUUGGAAGCAUGGUUUCCUUCUGAUAAAAAACUUGUUCCUAAAGCUUAUUUAGUUGAUACAUCUGAGGAGGCAUUACUUAUACCAGAUUGGUUAAAACUCCGUAUGAUAAGAUCUCGAGUUCCUAGACUUGUAGAAGAAGCAUUAACUGAUCUUGAACCCCCUCAAUUAAUUUUAUUCAUUCAAUCAUUUGGUAUUCCUGUUGCAUCAAUGAGCAAGUUACUCGAAAUUUUGGACAAAGCUGUGUGUCAUGAUGCUGAAGCUAUUAAAGCAGCUGUUAUGGAUAAAGCUUAUAUGGUUCAACUUGUUCAAGUACAACAAAGACGUGGAGCUUUAGGAGGUCAAGUAUUUUCAUCUAUACUAACAUUAAAUGAUGAACCAAUGGCUGUUGAUAUUAUAGAAAAAACUCAAUCAACAAAGGAGUUAAAAUUAAAUUUUAAAGAAGAGCCAUUUGAUGUUGAAGAUAAAAGCAGUACUAUUAAUUCUGAUUCUUUAUUGAAAAAAUUGUAUAGUUAUAAAAAAGUGAAUGAAGAAUUUAUGUCACUUUUACAACUCUUAUCACAGGAUACUCCCUCUCAAGCCCAACAUUUGAUUGUUGUUAUGUUGAAAAAAAUGUUAAAAAACAAAGAAUUUGUUAAUGUGACUGUUGUGAAUGAAAAUAUUUCGUAUCAUUUACUUAAAGUUUUAAUGACAAAAUGGGGUUAUAAUAAAAUAUUAAUGGCUAUUGUUAAGUUAAUGAUAUCAAAUAUUGAUAAUCAAAAACAUACAAGCAUGUUACACACACUACUUACAAGUUAUAUUAACAAAUAUGAUUCCAAUAAAAGAAUCAUAAAAAAACUAAAAAAAAACACAACUCCAGAUAAAAUGGAAAUUGAUGUGGUUAUUAAAACUCAAAGACGCUCUUUAUUUGUUGAUUUGCAAAAAGAAAUAGAACUAAAAAUAGCAGAUUUAACUAUUGAGCAACAAGUGAAUAUGUUGUUUUCUAAAACUGUAGAAGAUAAAUGGGAUUCUGUGAGAAAUUGUAGACCAUAUUUAUUGACUUUAUUGAAUCAUCAUAUGAAUUGGUCAUCAUUGGAAUGUGUUUUAGACAUACUCUUAGACUUGAAUAAUGUUGAAAUGUUUGAACCAUCAUCAGUGUUAGACUUAAUUUCAGCUAUAACUACUAAUCCUAAACUAUGGCAAGGUAGGGAAAUGAAUCUCCCGAAAAAUAAAUCCACUGAAAGACUAAUGUUUCUUAAUGAUGACCAGGUUACAUCAUUACUUCUCUAUCUGAUAGAAGAAUGUAGAUUGAAACAUGAAAAUCCAAAUAUUAGUUGGCAAGAUUUAUCAACUUUUAUGCAAACAAAGUUGUCUGUUUUACUCAAUCAUUGUAUGUCGAAAAAUAACUAUACACAAAUAUUUCAUAAUAUACAUUUGAAGUACAUAAAUAGUGAUAAUGUCAAAGUUUUCAAACAAAUUUUGAGUCUUGUUUAUGCUAAUGACCCAAAUAUUAUAAGUAAAUUACAAUUUUAUGGAAUGGAUAAAUUUUUAGAUCCAGCUAUAAUUAAAGAAAGUGAAGGAUGUACUUUAGAUUCAAUUUCACAUACUGUCGUUUCUUCAAUUGUAUCUACCAAAAUUAAAAGAGAAAAAGAAUUAAAUAAAAAGAUUUAUGAUUAUGAGAUUUUGGCAAAAAGAUUAAGUACUACACACCCCAUUCUUUUCUUAAGGGUAUUUGAACUUCUAUCUGCACCUUUACAGAGAUGUUGUUAUUUAGAAUUUAAGGCAAUGAAAUCAGGUCAUCUUUUACUGCUUAAUAAUAUUUUAGAUUUAGUAGAGAGCUUGGAACCAACUGUUUAUUUACCAUUUUAUAAAGAAGCUAUUCACAAACUUUUUGAAAUUUUCCUUACAAUUAUCUGUAAUAAUUUAAACAGUGUAAGUCCUACACGAAAAGAAUUUAAUACACUAUUGGCUAAGUUUGGAAACCGUAUUCACAGUUAUAUUAGUCAUAACUCUCAAGAUGCAAUGGUGUUUAUUAAAUCGCAUAUUAUUUGGUUUAGUAAUCUCAUUGAAAAAUACAAAAAUAUUGGAAACCUUAAUCUGGUGAUCAGUCAAAAUGAUAAAGUUAUUGUUUUACAACCUACCAAUGAUACAUCAAAUGACAUUCCAUAUGAUAAAUUUUUCAAUUGUUUUAAAGAUUAUGAUACUGCCAACAAUAUGCUUGGUGAAAUGGAACGUUCAGUUCAUCGUACUAAUAAAAUUUUAGAACCAUUUUUGUACAAAAUAACUACAUUAAUAAGAAAUCCAUCAUCAAAUUAUCGCAUUCCAUCAUUUAGUCUUCUUUUACAUUAUUUGAAUUGUCGAAAAACUGUAUUAUCAACUAACACAAUAUUAUUACCUGCUAUAUUGACUGCAUUAAUAUCUGAUGAUAAUGAAGUGUCCAGUACAAUUCGCAACAAAAUUGAUUCAUUAUCUAUGUGUAAAGAAAUGGCAUUGCCUUUGUUAUUGGAAAGUUUUAAAUUGGGCGUAAACAAAAGUUUGAACACUACUUCAAUGAUCACAAAAACAAUAUCCUCAAUGAAUUUGCAGUCUGGAUGCUAAGAUACAUUUAACAUAAUCAAUAUAGUUUUUAAUAUGUACUAUAUUUUAUACGAAAACUGUUAUUUAGAAAAAUAAACUAAGGAUCAUCAUAA